CCUUUCUAGUGUGCAUGCCAACCAGAGCAGUCAAGGAAUAGCCUCAACAAGACAUGAGAGAAGAGUUGGUACAUUCAGAAAGUUACAUAAGGUAAGUGGACUUGCAUUCAAAGCAGUAAGAAAGCGUUAAUUUGUUGUCAGAGAAAAACAAAAAACAUUUUCUUUUCCCCCCCAUUUUUUUUUGUUUUCUUUUUUUCCUUUUUGUGGGGAACAAACUCCAGAUAUGCUCUGUUUAAAAAUAAUAAAAAAGAAAAAUAUGUAUAGAUAUUAUAUUUUUUGUCCCGAACCCCACUGUAUUAUCAAACAGAUAAACAGAUAUAAGUUCCUUCUUGUGGGCUCUGCACGUUGCUAUUGUGGCGAGGAUGAGCCGCGUCGGAAAAGCUGAGAAACUUCCAAAAUCUUUUCACAUGAACAAUCAGCAGACCGGCAACUCGCGAAUGUUGCGGGUGCUAUUUUCUCGAUUCCCUCGCAGCUCGAACGACGCCGUGGAAAGAGAGAACGGUCGGAGAGUGACGAGUUAGCAUAUUGAGAACGAAGCGGCUGUCAGUUAAGUGACGGCGCUAAAAGGAUUUUGAGUUUUACCGAAGAUAGUUAUCUUCUCCUGGAAAGUGUGCGGAGGUUCAUGCCACCAUUUUGCGUAUGUAUAAUUGUUAAGUGGGCGAAGUUGAGUCCACGUACAUGUCCACGGACCUCCCCGUUAAUUGCUAAGUUAGCAUGCUAUGCUAUGUUCGGUGUUACAUUAGCUUAGCGAGCGCUACGACUUAUGUCCCGUAAGUGGCGCUCAUAUUGAGGUGAUGUGUCUGAUAAUGUGCCUUAUGCAGCUGCUCAAUGUAACUUUACCUUUAACGUCAAGUCAUCAGUAGUCACUAAGUUACUUUUUUUUGUUGCAUAAUCAGUCAAAUAAAGAAGUCAACAGAUUACGUUUUCAAGAUAACGGCUGCAACAGUCCUCGCAAUCCUAGCGAGGAUUGGUGGGAUAGAAAAUGGACGGAUGGAACUUUUCCUGUUCGAACUUUAAAAAAAUAUAUAUUUUUUUUCUUUUGAAAUAAAAUUUCCGGCUAAGUUCUUGUAACACUCCGCUAUUAAUGUUACAGCCUUUGCAUUUAACGGCAGUGCUCGUUCAUAUGUGAUAACUCAUAUGACAUUUAACAUUGCAAGUGCAGCUGUUUUUUGACAAGUGAGGAACUAAAGCAGGCGUGUCAAACACGAAGCCCGGGGGCCACAUCUGGCCCGCAACUUCACGUUUGGUGGCCCGCGAAGCCAAAUCAUUUACAUCAACUUCCAUGGUUCUUGCUCAAAUCUGUACAAAAAUGUCAAAUUGUCAUUUAUACAAGUAAAUAAGGCUGAAAUAUUGCAAGCAUUUUCUGGUUAUCAAACAACUUUUGACAUUUCUUUUCAAACUAUUAUCCUUGACUUCUAAUUUAGCCCUCAACCUGUUGUGUAUACUGUAUGUAAUACUAUGAUGAGGCAAUUAAACAUUUACAGUAGAUGGUUUUCGCAGUCUUAACGGCCCUCUGAGGGAAUCCAUACCAACAACGUGGCCCGCGACAAAAACGUGUUUGACAACCUUCCACCGAAAAUAUGAAAAAUGCGUGGCUUGGUAAAGCAUAAUCUUCAGUCUUCACUUUGCUCACCACUAAAAGGAUUCAAAACCGAAGAUUACAGAGAACUCGAUUAUUGAGUUGUGACUUCUUGUGAAGCUGAAACCGCUUCCUCCCAAAAACUAACUAAUAAUCUUUCACUGCCUUUAAGGAUUAAGAAUAAUUAUGGCAAGUACAGUAGAUACAAGGAUGGACUGAGAGGGUGGUAGUGAAGUGGCGGAAGGCGGGUUGGUGUGUGUGUGUGUGUGUUUGUGCAACAACAGGAUAUUUUGUCACCAUGGUCCCUGGCAGAAAAACAGCACAUGUUGUUUUUCGCAUGCGACCGGUGAAAGGCGGGCCGCGUGAAAGGCGGGUAGCGUGAAAGGCGGGCAGCCUGGUUGGGUCUGGCGCCUGGUGGCAUGUGCGGUGGAGCUAAAGCAGACUGCACGCAACUUUGAGAUCAAUUGAAACAUCAAAUUUGGAGACAUAAUGAACUCCUGUUUAUUGCGGUGAGACCAUGUUAUAUUUUUAACCCACUUUAUCCGACACAAUUUAAACACACUUAAACAUUAAAACACAUUUUGAACACACCGGAAAGAUAAUUAAACAAAAACAAUUGCGAGCAUAAAGUGUAUCGAAAAUAUGAUACAUAUCGUAGUAUGUGUGUCAUAUAUGCGUGUUUAAAAGGCGGGGCCUGGUGAGGGUCUGCGUGUGAGCGUGAGCUGUGGCCAGCAGGAUCUCUUGCAAACUGCUGAGUGGCAUGUAAGUAUAGAGUACUCUAAAAACCCAUUCAAAAACGAUCACAGUUAAAGGCAGAUUUCCGAAAUACAGCAGGCAUUUCCGCAAAGGACAAGUAGAAACCCGGAGUGACUAUUUCUGUUUGUCUGUUAGUUAGCACGCUACGUUUUUGUAACAACAGAACAGUGGCCUAACGGUUAGCAAGUGUGCCUCCCAGUUCUGAAGUUUGGCAUUCGAUUCUCUGCUCUGGUGGAUUUGUUCUCCCACGUUUUGCCAGAUACUCAAGCUGUUUCCCACAAUCCCAAAACAUGCACGUGAGGUUCACUGAAGACUUGAAAUCAGGGGUGUCCAGACUUUUUCCUCCGUGGGCCGCACACCGAAAAAUCGAAGGACGCAAGGGCCCCUUUGAAAUGAUUCGCAUGAAUGUAUUAAAUACGGUCAAACGAAUCAACCGACCAAGUUCAGUACCUAUUGUUUAUGAAUUGUAAUUGGGCGGGCGGGUGGGCCGCAAAUGGCUCCCGGGUGGUAGUUUGGACACCGCUGCCCCAAAUGUUCCGCGAGCGUAAACGUGAGCAUGAAGGCCGGUGUGCAUGCCGACUGGCAAGCGGCGCCUCGGCAAAACGUCAUCCGGGACGGGCUCCGGCUCAGCCCGAGCGGCCGACAAAACGCACAAAUGACGAAAUUGUAGCCGUCUUCAUUUUGGUUCAAUUGUUCCAUCCCAGCAGCAACUGCUAUGUCACAAAAACAAGCUUUUAAGGAAGCAGCUUUACUCACGGAAAAGAGCAAUAUUUAGCCCUACUUCCUCUUUGAAAGUGCCUUCAGAUCAUGUGUCCCCUUGUGGUUUUUACAAGGCAAAGGCUACAACGGCACAUGACGUCCUUGACCUUUAACCAGUACGUCUUAAUCUCUUUCACUUUCAAAAAUCAGAACAUGGUGAUGGCCGCGGCCCCUACUCCCGUGCUCGGCGCCCGUCCGUCGGCCGACAACGACUCCGCCUGCGACACCCUGUACGCCCACAGGAGCUACGCCCGGGUCUUCAUGCCUCUGGUCUACUGCGCCGUCUUCCUGGUGGGCCUGCUGGGCAACGUGCUGGCGCUGCACGUCAUCCGUCCCAACCUGAAAAAGAUGAACUCCACCACCUUGUACUCGCUCAACCUGGUGAUUUCAGACAUCCUCUUCACGCUCUCGCUGCCCUUUAGGAUUAGCUACUACGCGCUGGGCUUCCACUGGCCCCUGGGUGAGGCCGCGUGCAAAAUCUCGGGUCUGGUCUUCUACAUCAACACCUACGCCGGCGUGAACUUCAUGACCUGCCUGAGCGUGGACCGCUUCAUCGCCGUCGUGCUGCCCCUGCGCUUCUCCCGGCUGCGCAACGUUAGCAACGUUCGCUACAUCUGUGUCGGCGUGUGGCUGCUGGUCCUGGGGCAGACCCUCCCGCUGCUGGGCAUGCCGAUGACCAACGCCGAGGCGGACGGCUUCGUCACCUGCAUGGAAUACCCGAAUUUUGAUAAGGUGGACCACAUCGCCGCCAUUCUCAUCGGCGGCGUCUUCCUGGGUUACGUCGUCCCCGUCGUCACCAUCCUGGUGUGCUAUUCCUUCCUGUGCUCCAAACUCCGUUCCACGGCCAAGAGCAACCGCCUGAUGGAAAAGUCGGGGCGCAGCCGCAAGGCCAUCGGCGUCAUCUGCUGCGUGUCCCUGGUCUUCGUGCUCUGCUACAGCCCCUACCACAUCAACAUUCUGCAGUACAUGGUCCGCAAGCUGGCGUCGCGCCCGGACUGCGCCGACCUCACUGCCUUCCAGGUGUCGCUGCACAUCACCGUGUGUCUGAUGAACCUCAACGCCUGCUUGGACCCAUUCGUCUACUUCUUCGCCUGCAAGGGCUACAAGAGGAAGCUCCUGAAGCUGCUGAGGCUGGAGGUCAGCAUGUCCGUCUCCAGCGUCGUCAGAACUUCACCCGAAGGCUCUUCCAAGGACUUCAUUGACGGCAACAACAUCCAGCUCAGCGGCUCCGCUUCGGCCUCGGAGAGGAGAUCGCGGCUGUACGUGUAAACCAGAAGAAUGUUGGAGGGACCGAAGCAAAGAUUUUCCAGGCGACGGUGGUCCCUAGUCCACCAGGACUGCUUCGCCGGUGCUCUCAUGGACAACAUCGGGGUAAACCUUUUGGGCGUGGUGGUCCCAAAAGAAAAGGCUUACAACUUUCGCCGUUUAUCUCUCAAGAAGCGUGGGCCAAUGACGCCACCAAGUAAAGACUCUAUGACCAUUGAACAACUUCAGGCUGCUAUGAACUUGGACUUUGACCUCACUUCUUUGCCUGAAACUACUUCAUGUUAGUGUUUUAAUUCAGCUGCUUCCAGAAGUCACUAAGAACAUAAUAACCAUAAACAUAAUCGCUCACCGAAACAUUCACUUUGUAGCUUUGUAGAAAUAACAUAUCCAUGUGGGGACUGACUAAAAGUAUCCAUUUGAGAAAAUAAAUGGAUAUUGACCAAAUUUGCACUUGGCAGGUUUUGGCCCGACGUCACAGUGCGACGAAAGAUGGCGGAGGUAGCCAAAGUGACGGCGAUAUUCUGUCACCGUGCCGCUUAGUUUGCAUUUUUUGGUAGACUGGCGAUGGAAGAGAAAUCCGAGACGCUUUGUCUGGAUAAAAGGAAAAAAAAAAAAAAAAAGGCAGAGAAAAGUUGCUGCGAUGGGAGACAACACGACUAAUCUUUGGAGUCAUCUGCAUGAUCGCUGUCAUUGGAGUCAUUUCAAUUACAACCUUUGUGGCAUCCUGCACGCAUGAAAAUACGAAUGUCAAAAAAGUACAUAUGGUUGCUGAAGAUAUAGUUUUGUAUUCAAAAUCAAAUGCUUUUAAAACUGAUGAUGAAAUUCUGCAGAGAGGAUCACUUCGAACGCCGGACGAUCAUACUGAUCACGUGGACUGACAGUGGGAUUCCACAUUUGAAUGGGAUGUACUAAACAAUUACCACAAAAUAUUCAAAUUGCUUCAAGAUACGAUUCAUCGGUUCCACACAUUGACCACAUAAUAAACAAUCAAGUCAUUGAUUAUUAGACCCGCCCCUAAUUUUGACAUUUGUCGUUGUCGAACACAUUUACAAUUGUUGACGUUUCUCUUCAGGUGUCGCUUGGCGCACAGCUUGAGGCAAAAUACUAAAAUAAAAUAUAAAUAAAAUGCUCUGACCAAGAUCACUGAAGUUUGAAGGUGAAAUUAGCGCACUUCAUUCUCUGGGAUUUCAAAAAAAUCCAAAAAGUUAAUACGUAUUUUUAGGUGCAGCACCUAAGUCUGACAGACUCUGUUUUUGCUCUACAUAUCCAGUUCAAACCCAUAUUCAUUUCAAACAACACACAACAAAAACCUUGCUUUCUAAUUUCAGCGGUAACAUUUUCUCGCAGCGGUUGUCGCAAUUUAUGCAAUCUAAAACUUUCAUUGUUUUCCUUCGGCGAAAUAAUAAGCCGACUGGCUUCGAACAAGUUCAGAUCGACGACAUUGAGUUGUUGCGGUUUUGAAAGUGUCAAAAAGGCAAGUGAGUCACAAGAUGAAGAGGUUGGCUCGACCAACGCGUUACAUCAUUCCAUUGUGACCGAAUUGCGUAUAAUCUUGUAUUACAGACACCGAAGCAUAUUGCAUUCACUUCUGGGAAAACAAAACAAAACAAAACAAUUCUGAAUAAUUUAUUUUGG